AUGGCAUCCAAGUCACUUGCUAAUGGAGAUCUUAAUCGUGAGAUUGAUGCAAAAGACCUCAAAACCAGAAAAGAGGUGACCAAUUUAAUGGGAAUGUAUUUGUUAGUUGCUGGAGCAGUUACCAUUUCUUGGGUUCUUGGAUAUUUAGAAUUUUCCUUCUUGUGGGUGUUUAUGCUGUCAGCUAGUCUUUUCGUUGUGUGGAAAACUAAAAUUGGAAAUAUUAUCAGACGUCAUUUGGAUUUUGAAGAAGAUAAUUUACAUAGAAAGCGAGCCUUGAGACAGAGUGAAAGUGUUGAAUGGUUUAACUUUUUAUUGAAUAGAUGGUGGGUUUUUAGUACCUAUUCUAUAGAAGACUUAGUUAAAAAGAGAUUAGAUGAGAGGCUAAUUGGUAUAACUCCGUCCUUUAUAGGGUUAACCAAGUGA